AUGGCAGAUUUACAAGGACGCAAGGUGUUCAGGGUGUUCAACCAGGACUUUAUUGUGGAUGAACGGUACAAUGUGACAAAGGAAGUUGGACAAGGUGCUUAUGGAAUUGUCUGUGCUGCAUCGAACGUACAAACCGGUGAAGGCGUCGCUAUCAAGAAGGUCACCAAUGUCUUCAGCAAGAAAAUCCUUGCUAAACGUGCCUUGAGAGAAAUCAAAUUGCUGCAGCAUUUCCGCGGCCACCGCAAUAUCACCUGUCUCUAUGAUAUGGACAUUCCGAGGCCCGAACACUUCAACGAAGUCUACCUAUAUGAAGAGCUCAUGGAAUGCGAUCUUGCUGCGAUUAUCCGUUCUGGUCAACCCCUGACCGACGCUCAUUUCCAAUCAUUCAUCUAUCAGAUCCUUUGUGGGCUCAAGUACAUCCAUUCGGCCAACGUCCUACAUCGUGAUUUGAAACCGGGAAAUCUUCUCGUUAAUGCCGACUGUGAGCUCAAAAUCUGCGAUUUUGGUCUUGCUCGUGGGUUUUCCAUGGACCCGGACGAGAAUGCCGGCUACAUGACUGAGUAUGUUGCUACGAGAUGGUACCGUGCUCCGGAAAUCAUGUUGAGCUUCCCAAGCUACACGAAAGCCAUUGACGUGUGGUCGGUCGGCUGCAUUCUUGCCGAAUUACUUGGAGGACGACCUUUCUUCAAGGGUCGUGACUAUGUCGACCAGCUGAAUCAGAUCCUUGGAUAUCUAGGAACUCCAAAUGAAGAUACCCUUCGCCGAAUCGGGUCUCCCCGUGCGCAGGAUUACGUUCGCAAUUUGCCAUAUAUGCAGAAAGUCUCCUUCCAAAGACUAUUUCCGAAUGCGAAUCCAGAAGCUCUGGAUCUCCUUGAUCGUAUGUUGGCGUUUGAUCCAUCAUCGCGUAUCUCGGUGGAGGAGGCUCUCGAACACCCGUAUUUACAAAUCUGGCACGAUGCAUCUGAUGAGCCGGUUUGCAAAAUCCCGUUCGAUUUCCUUCAUUUUGAAGUCGUGGAAGACGUUCAUGAGAUGCGAAAAAUGAUCUUAGACGAGGUCGUGGGAUUCCGAGCACACGUACGACAAACACACCCUCAAGUCGGAAGUGCUUUGCCACAAUCUGCAUCUCAACAAACCAGCGUCCCGAUACCAGAAGAGAACAUCGGCGCUUGGAAGCAAGACGAGCCACGCCCUCAGGAGACGGUUCACAGUGGUGCGUUGCCCAAUGACCUUGAAGCUUCCCUGCAAGGAGGCAUGGAUGCUAUGAGAUAG